GGGGUGUCUCGCGGUACGAUUGUCUCUCGAAGCGUUGCAGAACUGGACUCCGGCUUCUCCACUUCCCUCAUGUCGAACCCUACAGACAAUCCUCCCACGCCGACCCUUCCCGAUAAUCCUGCCACGAUACCGACCGACGACAGUCAUGACAAGGAAUCGGAUCCUGUAUUGCAAGACAAGACCUUUCCAGGACCGGAUCCGCUCUUGCUAAACGGCCCGCCUGUCCCCUAUGGGCCACCUCAACCCUAUGGGCCACCUCAGCCCUAUGGCCCACAGCCGCCCCAUAGCUACAGUCCGCUCGGUGUCCCGCCUCAAGCUCCAGUUCCGUCAACUGGCUUCAAUUACAACACCUAUCCUCGCCAGAAAAAAAAGGCUUUCAGAGCAUCGCAAGCAUGCGACAAUUGUCGCCAGCUAAAGGCAAAGUGUGAUGAACAGAAGCCCUGUAAAGGUUGUAAGGAAAAGAUGCUCGAGUGUCGCUAUCGAGAUCCGCCCAAGUUAGAUCAUGGAGUGCAUGAAAUUUCGGCCAAGCUCGACGCCGUCCAGGGAAAUCUAGACCGGCUUUUGAAGUGCCUUCCGGUCUUUACUCCCACGCGAGGCCGACAACCGGCCCCGACGUCUCUGGAGGCUUUUCUCGGUUCCCAAGAGCCGAUAGCAAUCUCCCCAACCCAACGAGAAAUCCUUCAAGAACUCAAAACGGCAUUUUCCCGGCUGAGAGAAUACGAUAACUGGGAUGCCUUGGGUCCGAGGCUGGUAUGGUAAGAAUACGAAUGACUAAAUGCACCAAGUCAAUGCAUGCUGACCUCUAUGGCCAAGAACAAAUAUUAGGCCGACGGAAGACACGACAGCGCAGUUGAAGGGCCAAGGUAGUGGGCAGUCAGGCGUACAGUCACGG